AUGUACUGCAAUGUUUGUUGCCCGGGUGCGUUGAGUGAUGAUUUGCUCGCCGAGCUUGGCGGUGAGCUUGCAAAUAUUUCGUCACCAAUCGAGUUGAAACCAUCAGUUCGCGCAGUGAUGUUACCUCGAUUGGUGAUGAGACAUUUGCAAGCUAAGUGUGAAGCUCGGCGAAUAGAUCAAAGGUCACCUGACCAACCACGCACUGCGGAUGAUGCAAUGCGGUGCCUGUUCGUGAAAAGGCGCUUAAACCUCCAGUCAGUCAGUCCGGCAUUCUGGAUGGGAACUGAAAACAAGAACACCGUCGAUAUCGAUUUGGCAUCCAUAUCUUACAGCGUCUCCAACCAGGUGCGGGUUAUGGUCACGGAAAACAGCACUCUCUUUGGCAAACGGUGGUUCGGUCCAACCAACGCAGCUUUUGAUGCUGGACACAUUCUUCGACGGAAGUCCCCGUUGCAUAAACGAGUACUGGCUUUCUAA